UGAUGAUCUUAUCCGGAGGAAAUAACCUAAUGCUUGACCAGAAUGGGACUCACUCAAAAUAAACUUUUAAUUAAAAAAAUGUGAGAUGAUUAUAAUAUGCAGUUUGUGUUGAAUUUAUGGGAAAAGUUUAAUAAAGGACAACAUCUUGUGUCUGUCACAGAUUGUCUAGUUUGCAGCAGUUUAUUGCAACCUUUACCACCGGAACCAUCAUUUUACAAAGUAGCUGAAAGUUUCAGCUUUAUCCACCAGUGAUUAGAAAUAUUAUGAGGAGUUUUACGACGUUAUUUAUCUGAAUAGCCGAUAAUGGAAUAAAAGGAGAAAUGUUGGAAAUGCUCGCAUCCAACUCCCAAUUCCGUAAGACUCGAAUAAAAUGAUGCGCUAGACUUUCAGACUAAAAAUGUCCAACUUCCAAAACGAAUCAUCCAACGACAGCAGUUACGAUUCUUGUCUUAACGAAGAAGCAGAGACUUUAAAAUUGUAUCGCUUCAUAAUCAACGGCCUUUUACUCAACAUUAUCGGAAUUUUGGGCAUUUUGGGCAACAUCAUCUCCAUGAUAAUUCUCUCCAGGCCACAAAUGCGUUGCAGUAUCAACUACCUCCUCAUUGGUUUGGCCCGCAUUGACACCGUGCUCAUCAUCACAAGUAUCUUACUUUUCGGUUUGCCGGGGAUUUACCCGUACAGCGGCCUACUCUUCACUUACUACUAUAUCGUAUACCCUCACAUUGCUCCGGUAGUGUUUCCGCUCGCGAUGGUCGUGCAAACUGCAUCCGUUUAUCUGACAUUGACUGUGUCCUUGGAACGGUUUGUGGCCGUGUGUCAUCCGCUAAGGGCGCGAUCGCUGUGCACAUACGGAAGGGCGCGCAUUUACGUCAUUGCCAUCAUCGUUUUCUCGGCAAUGUACAAUUUACCUAAACUGUGGGAAUCCACCAUCAAGGAAGAGUGGUUUCCUGAGAGGAAUGUCACGGUGUACUGUCCAAGACCAUCAGCGUUAAGAGAAAACGAACUUUAUAUCAGAAUUUACAUACAUUGGUUAUACCUCAUUUUUUUGUACCUGUUGCCCUUUCUGGGGCUAGCAAUACUCAAUGCUGCUAUUUACAGACAGGUCCGCAAAGCCAAUAAGGAGCGGCAGCGUCUUUCCCGUCUACAAAAACGCGAGAUCGGCUUGGCCACAAUGUUGUUGUGUGUUGUGGCCGUUUUUUUCGUGUGCAAUCUUCUUCCUUUAGUCCUGAAUAUAAUAGACACGUAUCGGCCCUCUUGGGACAUGCCAAUUCUAGUAAACACGAGUAACUUGCUAGUAACGAUCAAUUCGAGUGUGAAUUUUAUAAUCUACGUGAUAUUCGGUGAGAAAUUCAAACGGUUGUUCCUGCUGUUGUUUUGCAACAAUUCGCUGUUUGGAACUGGACGGGAGUCUCCAGAUGGGGCCACACAUGAUGACAGUUUCAUGUCGAAUGGAGAUAGACAAAGUUUGAGGUUGCAUCGGCACAACAGGAACGGAAUGUCCACUCGAAUGAAUGGCUCGGAAAGGGAUAAGAAAAAAGGAGGACGAUCUAGGGCUUCCAGUCCAGGGCCCUGUGUUUAUUAUCCUGCCAAUAGGGCUAGUAAAGAGAUAACGAUUGCCUACACCACACAAACGUCACUCUCAGCACCAGACUGACCCAAAACUCAAAACUAAACAAUUAUCAAAGGCACUGAUUUUUUUUGUUUAAUUCAUUGCUGUGCUAGUGUUUGAUUUAUGAGGGCAUGAAAAUGUGACAACAAAAUGUGGUAGUGACUAAUACAUAAAUCCUGGACCAACUCUUUCUUCUAGUCGACAAAUUCUAUUACAGGGUAUGACUCCAUCAGGCUCUUGUUUAAUCUCAGUUCUUCUAGUCGUCACUACACUGCCGUACAAUUAGAUUUAUUAAUAAGUUAAUUCAGGCGAUGCAUCACAACUUAAGACGAGAAAAUAAAUGUGAUGCAUUUUCUGUGAUUCUAUCGCUCAUUAAUUACUAUUUGUAAAUGACGAUUCAUUCAUUACAUCCUUCACACGUGGGGAAAUACAAACGCUAUCUCUCGCAAACAUAAAAGACUAUUUUGGUAUAAAGUGAAUGAUAAUUUGUAAGUGAGUCAGACACUUGAAAAAUCACGUAGCGUUUUUGAAAUAUCGUGUCAGUGUGAUUUUUCUUGCAUUCCUAAACUAAGUUUAAAAAAUUCCUGUACAUAAAAUUUAAUGUUCUCACCUAUUAAUCAUAUAACGCGGCAAAAAUACUCCCCAGUUUUGACAUAGAUAUACCCACGUAUGUAUAAUACAAUUUAUGCUUAUUAGUAUCCAACAAACUCAACCAAUUUCCAUACAUUCAAAUUAAUGUACAUACAUGCAGAUUGUCGAGAUAAACCCGAAAAUUAUAAUUUUUAAGUUAGUUGUACCAACUACAGAUUUAUUUUUGUACCUGAAUUCACUUGUUGUUUAUUUUAAAUGAGAAAAUGUACCUACUAUGUAUCCGAAAUAAAAGAAUGUUUCAAUGUCAAA